AUGGAGGAAAAGCAGCGAGAAGACAGUCGCAGCGUCGCGAAACGAGUGGAGCGGCCAUCACGAGGUGUGGGUCCAGCAGGUGGAACUUCGGCAGGCGUCGGUGGAUGCGGGCGGAAUAAUGUAGUAGUUAAGGUGGGAAUGGUGGGAGACGCGCAGGUGGGUAAGACAAGUCUUAUGGUCAAGUAUGUAGAGGGCAAGUUCGACGAGGACUAUAUUCACACAUUGGGCGUCAACUUUAUGGAGAAAACGAUUGCGUUACGUAACACGGAAAUCACAUUUAGUAUUUGGGACCUCGGUGGUCACCGCGAGUUUAUUAGCAUGUUGCCACUAGUGUGCAAUGAUGCGGUCGCCAUUCUCUUCAUGUUUGAUUUGUCUCGAAAGGCUACGCUCACGAGUAUUAAGGAGUGGUAUCGUCAAGUGCGCUCUAUUAAUAAGAAUGCAUUUCCCUUUCUUGUCGGGAUGAAAUACGACCAUUUCGCAAAUUUUGCGGUAGAGGAACAGGAAGAUAUUACAAAACAGGCGCGCAAGUUUGCCAAGGCUAUGAAGGCGCCAUUGAUCUUCACGUCAGCCUCGCACUCUAUUAAUGUGCAAAAAGUGUUCAAGGUUGUGCUUAGCAAAGUGUUCGAUCUCAAGUGUACUGUUCCCAUCAUUGAUCGUGUGGGCGAUCCCAUUCUUCAGUAUUAG